AAAGCAUGCAGUACACGUGAGAUUUGCGUCACACGUAUUUGGCGCAGUAAUUGUGUGCAUAAAAAUCAAGUAUCCCCGGCGUCAAAUGUUUUUUACUUCUUUUUCUCAUUUCUGUUAUAAUUAAUAAAAGAAGCAGUAACACAUGCGGAUCUUGUGAUUUUUUUCUUUCUGAUAAACAAAUUUAUUAUGGGAAAUAACAUUUCAAGUACAACAGCUUCGAUAGCAACUGCAGGAAUUGAUAGUUAUGUUAGUGAACUAAAAGACAUUCAUUAUGAAAAGAGUUUAAGUAGUGCACGUUUUAUGAAAACCAUUCGUGGUCGUCAUAAGGAAGGCGCUGUUGUUGUAAAAAUAUUUAUCAAACCAGUACCUGGUUUAUCAUUAUCGAAUAUUGUAAAAGCACUUCAAGAGGAAAAAGAGGCAUUAUCAGAAGUUCCAAACGCUUUUGCAUACCAACGUAUAAUAGAAACAGAUAAAGCGGGAUAUCUAAUAAGACAGUUCUUUUUUAGUAGUUUAUAUGAUCGAAUAAGUACACGUCCAUUUCUAAAUUUAAUAGAAAAAAAAUGGAUAACAUAUCAAAUAUUAUGUGGGCUACAUGAUUCUCACACUAGAGGGAUUUACCAUGGUGAUAUUAAAACAGAAAAUGUUCUUGUGACUUCAUGGAAUUGGGUAUAUUUAGCCGAUUUUGCUGGAUAUAAGCCUACAUAUCUUCCAGAGGAUAACCCAGCAGAUUUCUCAUUUUUUUUUGAUACAUCAUCAAGAAGAACAUGUUAUCUUGCUCCAGAAAGAUUCUAUAAACCCGAAAGUGAAAUUGAUAGGAGAAAGAGUGAGUUAGAAUUUGGAGAGAAGGAUGGAGCAAUAACACCUGCAAUGGACAUUUUUUCUUUAGGUUGUGUAAUUGCCGAACUUUUUCUAGAGGGAACACCAAUAUUCUCCCUCUCACAACUGUUCAAAUACAGAUCUGGUGAAUAUGACCCUAGAGUAUAUUUAGAGAAGAUUGAAGAUGAAGAUAUAAGAACUAUGGUAAAACAUAUGAUUAAUGUAAAUCCGUCUCAAAGAUAUACAGCGGAGCAAUAUCUACAAGAAUGGCGCGGAACGGCAUUUCCACAAUUUUUUUAUACUUUCCUUCACCAAUAUAUUGGGUCAGUUACUGAUCCACAUAAUACUCAUACCAGACAACUUGCAACUACAACUAAUACAACCAAUCAAACCAAUGUAUCAGAUGAACCUAACAAUACAAUUGUAAAUACUGAUGCGGAUGAAAAGAUUGAGAGAAUAUAUAUGGAAUUUGAUAAGAUAGCAUUUUUUCUUGGAUUUUUCGGUGAUAAUGCUUCACCGGAAUCGGAAGUUGUAGUUGUUCGGGGGCGUGGAGAUAAAUUUGGAGAAAGUUCUCGCCCACUAGAAGUUUCAACGCCAAACACGACGUCUCCUUUUUUAGACCAACUUCAUAUACCAAAUUAUGAUCCAUCUAUAGUUAGCAAUAAAAGGGAGAAAUAUGCUGAUGACGGUGCACUAAUUUUUCUCUCCUUAAUAUGUGCUACUAUUCGCAACGCUGCAUAUCCUUCAUCUAAACUACAUGCGUUGGAUAUGUUAUUGGCUAUUGGACAGCAUUUGGAAGAUGAAUUCAAGUUAGAUAGAUUAGUUCCUUAUUUGAUUGCGCUAUUAGGAGACGAAGUCGGUCUUGUCCGCGCAAACGCUGUUAAAACUUUGACUCAUCUGCUAUCUAUGGUAGAGACCAUUACACCUUCGAACGCGACAAUUUUCCCAGAAUAUAUCAUGCCAAAUUUACGAAAAUUUGCUAAUGAUCCUGAAAUAUUUGUCAGAAUGACAUAUGCUCAGUGCAUCGCAUCCUUAGCUGAAACUGCUUUACGAUUUUUGGAAUUAACACAGUCAUUUAAAUCGGGAGCUUUAAAUAAUGAUACAGAUAUCGACGAUUCAUACGAGACUUCAUAUGAUGCCACCUUACAUGAACUUCAUUCUAUAAUACAAGAGCAAGUUUCCACACUCUUAACAGAUUCGGAAAGUGCAGUAAAACGUGCUCUAUUACAUAACAUUACUAGUCUAUGUAUCUUCUUUGGAAAACAAAAAGCCAAUGACGAAUUGUUAAGUCACAUGAUUACUUAUCUAAAUGAUCGAGAUUGGAUGUUACGAAGUGCAUUUUUUGAGAGUAUCAUUGGAGUUGGAACUUUCGUGGGAGGUCGUAGUUUAGAAGAAUAUAUUUUACCUUUAAUGAUUCAGUCUCUCUCAGAUUCUGAAGAAUUUGUGGUAGAGAAAGUACUAAAUUCCUUGACAAGUCUUGCAGAGUUGGGGUUGUUUCAAAAAAUGAAAUUAUGUGAAUUGACUGCAGUUGUUUCUCCUUUAAUGUGUCACCCUGGGAUAUGGAUUCGACAUGGUGCUGUUGCAUUUAUAGCCUCAGCAGCCAAGUUAUUGCCAAUAACAGAUGUAUGGUGCAUAAUUUAUCCGAUAAUAAGACCAUUCUUACAAGCCGAUGUAGUUGAAAUAACAGAACUUCAAUUACUAGAAAAUGUUAAAGAACCGGUUUCAAGACCUGUUUUUGAUGCGGCAGUUAUUUGGGCUGGUAAAACUACUAAAUCAUUAUUUUGGAAACCAGCAAAGGAAAAAAAAGCGAACAAGACCGCUACAACUACAUUAACAGGUAGUUCAACUGUAAUUAAUAUAUUAUCUAGAAGAACUUCAACCUUGUCAAUUAAUGUUGAAAAAGUAAGCAAGUCAGAAGAAGAUGAACAACAUUUAGAGAAAAUGAAAAAUAUUGGAAUGACACCUGAAGAUGAAGAAAAAAUAGCCGCUAUGAGAGAUUAUAUAUAUAAAUUAUCUUUGGCUAAAUCAAAUGCAAGACCGAGCGAAAAUAUUGUAGAAGAUGGUAAUAUUUCAUUGAAAAAUCUAGGAAUAACACCACAUAAUGUAUUUAUUAUACCAACAAACGUUGAUGGUCAUAAAGCCACUACCAAUUCUCUUAUUCCAAAGCUUGAUAAAGCAAAUGUUGUAGGCACUCCAAGUCCUUACCGGCUUAAAAGUGCACAGAGUAGUAAGAACUCACUAAUAGAACCUUCAGUUCCUCGUAUUUCAAGUGAAAGUAAUCUUCAACUUCUGCGAACAGAAGAGCAAGCAAGAUUAAUCCCUACAGGCUUAAAUCUGGCUAGAAAUAAUAUUGGUCAAAAAUUUGCAGCUAAAAACCAAUCCACAACUUCAAUCUCUUCUGAACCUGCAGAUGUUUCUGCUGCAGCUACUUCAAAAUCACAUAAACGCAUUCCUACACCAAUAUUAAUAAAUGUCUCAAACGCUAGCCCAUCAAAUUCUGCAACUGCUGCAACAUCUUUGCGAGAUAAACACAUGUCCUUAGUUGGGAGAACUAUUGAAAGUCCCAAAGCUGCAGCUGCAACUAGUACAAAUACUACGACCGCAAUUGCAACUUUGGAAAUUCCUUUACCAUACACCUACACAGGACCGAACGGUGUUGGUUUGGACCUACCCAUAAAUAAUCCUCCAAGAAAAAAUCUUGGAACAUUUGUUUCCAGCACUUAUGAGGGCAAUGAUAGAAAUGUGAAGAAUCUAUUAGAUAGUUUGUAUCUUAAGGCUUUUCCUGAGCCUAUGUCAGAAUUUGGACCAAAAGUGACGAAAGCUUUAAUUCAACCUACCACACGUGGAUCGAAACCAACAAAUAUCAAGACAAUUCAAAAUUGGAAACCUGACGGUACCCUUGUAGCUCAUAUGACUGAACAUAAAGGCGCAAUUAAUCAAAUUUGCGUAUCACCCGAUCAUAAUUUUUUUGCAUCAUGUUCGGAUGACGGAACAGUUAAAAUCUGGGAUUGCUCAAGAUUUGUAAAGAAUUUUAAUAAUCGAUCAAGAGUUACUUACAAUCAACAAGGAGGAAAAAUUAAAUGCAUAGCAUUCAUCGAUAGUACACAUAGUAUUGCUGCAGCAUCUGAUAAUGGCAGUAUUCAUGUGUUCAGAAUUGAUUAUGUACCAGGUACAAAUUCACCUAAGUAUGGAAAACCUGUAACAGUAAGAGAGACUUAUUUGAAUGAGGAAUAUGCGGUGACGAUGGAGCAUUAUGAAACUGGUACGGAUUCAAUAUUGCUAUACGCAACAUCUAAAGGAAAUAUAUGUGGAUUAGAUUUACGCACUAUGGAGGUUAUAUGGACUUUUAAAAAUCCUAAAAGUCAUGGAGUAAUUUCAGCAAUGGUUACAGAUAAAAAAUACAGAUGGCUUCUUGUUGGAACAUCCCGGGGUAUCUUCACAUUAUGGGAUCUUCGAUUCAGGAAUCAAUUAAGAUCAUGGGUUCAUCCGACUAAAAGUCGAAUUAGUAAACUUCUAUUAUAUCCUCAAAAACCAUUGUGGAUUAUUGUUGCAGCAGGUAAAAAUGAAGUAUCAAUUUGGGAUGUAGAAAAAAUUGAAUGUAAAGAAGUUUUUGGUGUACGAACCGGAGAUGAAAAGGGAGGAGUUUCAUUAGACAUGUUUAAGGCUUUAGAUCUCCCUGGAUCAGGUAGUAUAUUAAGAAGUGCUUUUACAGCUCAUGAAGGGAGUUUUUCAGCGGACAAUUCUAUACGAGCAGUUCUUUAUCCACAUGAUUGUAAUUAUAUGAUAACGGCUGGAUCGGAUCGUAAAAUUCGACUAUGGAAUCAUAAACAUAUAGAAGAUUCAUAUGUUAUUGUUGGAUCUGAUAUAGAUGAAAAAAAACCUAUAUAUAGCACAAGACAAUUUGAUGGAAUACACAUUCAUUAUGAGUCACAUUCGAUAUAUCGAGGAGUCAAUUCCACAAGUAUGAAUAAUACAACAUCAAACUCAUCAACACCAAAUUCUCAUAAUAAUACGAACGGAGGAAGUCAUAGUAGUCAUAGUGUUAAUAAUAGUAAUAGUAAUAAAAAAUCAAGUAAAAAUACUAAUAGUGCGAGAAAUCAAUUAAUAUCAGUUCAACAACAACAAUUACUUAAAAAUCAUUUAGAUUGUAUAACAGAUUUAAAAAUUACUGAGUUACCACAUCCAAUGUUAAUAAGUGGAGAUAGAGAUGGAAUAAUUAAAGUAUUUAUGUAAAUUAGUCUAAAAUUUAUUUAGAAUUAAUUUAAAUAAUAGUCAAUACUAAUACAAUACAAUACAAUAUAUAAAGAGAUCAUAUUACUAAUAAAAAAUACAUUAGCCUCAGGGUCUUUUUAA